CUUUGGGAGAUUUGUUACCUUCGCUGAAGUCCUGAAAUCAUUCUUUCACUCCUGCAACAAUGUUCUGGACGAGCAGCCCUUGAGCGCCGGACGACAACGCCAAGCCUGCAAGCCCAGCAAUUUUGACCCCUCUUUGACUGCGUGCGGCUUCGGUACAACCCGACAGGCAACCAAGCUGUGUAACCACCAACAACUGCGCAAGCAAACGAAAAGCAGCCAGUUUCGUCUGAACCGUGGCAGCGACUGCAAGUUUGCUAUCUCGAGUUCAAGCUCUUUCGACUUCCUUCCUUACGAGCAUGCAACUUGCGUAUAUAAAUCGACACCACUACAGAACUAAAGAUGGAUGAACAUCUACGCAUUCUUGAGCAAGAAUAUUGCCCACCAAUAGAUCCCGCCCUCGUUGCUGCAUUCUACAGCGACUUUGCAGAUGCGCCCAACGCGUUAGAGCAAGCUAGAGAACUGCUCGACCCCAUCAAAGCCUCAGCCAUCGCAGAGCAGCUUACCGAGUUCGAUGCCUCUGGCAGCAGUGGAGGCCCUGUACGCGACAGCCCCGGCAAGCACAGCUCAGAUGUCGACUCGAACGCAGACACUUGGGUGACGCGAACGACCUUAACCGACGCGACACACCUCUCAAACGAUCUCUCGGCGCUCAGCGUGGAUGGAAGGUCAGCAGAUGGCUCCGAGGAGUCAUGGGAGGGAGGCUACUACAAGGACACCGAGCAUUUCGACAUAAAGACCAAGGAGCUACUGCUGGCAGAGACUUUUCCCAAUUUGCGCCCAGAACUUGUGGCAUAUACACUGAAGAAGUGCAAUGACGACUUCAGCAAGGCUACAGACGAGCUGUUGAACCACGUCUACUUCGAGGACGCAAGGAUAAGUCCCACCGAGGAAGCGGCGCCAUUUGCUAAGGGCAUAGACGCCUUCUUUGAGGGCCAUCAUGUACCGCAGAAGAGCAAGAAGGGUAAGGGCAAGAGGAAACAGAAGGUCUCCCUGUACGAUGUAAGUUCCGCCAACUUCUCUGGAACCGACCUCUCCGGCACUGCGACGCCCAACCGCUGGCAGAACAGCAGCCGCGACGUAGAGUUCAUCACAGCACGUACAAAGCUCCCAGCGAAGGUCGUUUCUUCAAUGUACCACGAGAAGAGCGCGUCGCUGUCUGGUACCAUCUUGGCCUUUGUGAAUAAGGACAUGAAGGCCCAUGAGAACGAAGAGCCUGACGCCGGCUUCGUGAUAGAUGCUACGACUGUCACCGAAGACUUCCCCACGAUUGGUCUUGGUCAGGCUGUGGCGCUCGUACGACUUGUAGACGGCUCACCAGACAAGGCGCGAGACAUGGCGAAGGCCCUCACCGAGCAGCCAGCAAGCGAGACCGGUGGCAAAGGCGGUAUCAAGCUUGACUUCAAAUACGCGCCUGUCAAUCUUGACGACGAUGAGCCUCGAGCGAGCAAGCUCCCGGACCUGCCUUCAUCCAUCCGGCCACAUACAACUGCGUCGGUAGCCCUACGACGCAAUGAAGCGUACCAGAAAGCAGCAGAGGCUCAUCGCAAGGGCGGGCGCAUGAAGGCUGUUGCAGGGUACUACGCACAAGAAGCCAGAAACUAUGAUGCCAACAUGAAGGUUAUGAGCCAGGCUGAUGCCGAUGCAUUCGUUGCACAGCAAUCUUCGUCCACGAUCCUCGAUCUGCACGGAGUCACUGUGGCGGAUGCGGCAAGAAUCGCCAGACAGAGGACACAGAUGUGGUGGAACUCGCUUGGCGAACAGCGCAUAGCAGAGUACGGCGGUGCACGUGGAGGGGUCGGCAGCUAUAGGAUUGUUGUCGGCUUGGGUAGGCACAGCGCUGAUGGCAGAGGCAAACUUGGACCAGCAGUUGUGAAAGCGCUUGUCGAGGAAGGCUGGAAAGUCGAAGUCGGCUCUGGUGAGUUGCUCGUCACCGGCAUGAACAGAAGGAGAUGAACAAGACUUGGGCUCGAAUAUUGUACAUACAGUCAGCGUGAAGAUACUCGGCUGAAGAUAGAUUUAUGAUUACAUAUACCGGCGCAGUGCAAAGCACAACAUGUACAAAAGCAAUCAAACUCAC